AUGAUUCGUUUACAAAAGGGUGAAUAUGUUAUUGGAAUAGAUCUGGGAACUACAAAUACUUGCGCAGCAGUGAUAACCUAUCUUUCUUCGGAUCCCAUAAUUGUGACACAAAAAAGCGGGAGUCGCUUGCUAAAGUCGUGCACCCAGUUUGGAAAAGAGGUUGAUGUAGGUGAAGCCGUGUAUAGACGCCUUACCCUGGGUACUGCUGGGAUUAUCAAGAAUUCAAAGAGAAUUCUGGGAAGAUACUUCAACGACGAAAUCGUUCAACGUUGUAUAGAAGAGAAUCAAUGUGGAGUGGAAAUCAGAGAAGUGGAUAAUAAACCUAUAUUUUAUAUCAACGAUAACACAUCUGUUUCUCCGAGCGAUGUAGCUGCCUUUGUUGUCAAGCGCAUCAUGGAGGUAGCCAAGGAGAAUAUUUGGAAUCGCUAUGGUGAGGAUAUGAAGUGUGUGAAAGUUGCAGUCACGUUCCCUGCCAAUUUUAACAACAACCAACGCACUGCUACUCUGUUAGCGGUAGAGAAGGCGGGAAUUCCCAGAGAGGAUCUAAAGAUGUUGAAUGAGCCAUCUGCAGCUGCUUUCCAUUACUGCAAGAUCAACGAUAUCGACAAUCAAACGAUUCUCGUCUACGAUUUGGGAGGCGGUACAUUCGAUGUUUCCAUCAUCCGCGUGGAGAAUGGAGAUUAUACAGUCCUGAAGUAUGCUGGUGACCCCUUUUUGGGCGGUGCCGACUUUGAUGCUCUCUUUGCGAAAUACAUCGAAAGAAAAUACAAAAACAAAUCGGACACUCCGUUGAUCAACUCCGAUAAAGAGAAAGUGCGGCGUCGCUUCUAUUUGCGCCUGAACGCGAUCGCCGAAGAAACAAAAACCCAUCUCUCGGAUACGAACUCGUACAAUCCCGAUCUGAGCGCCUUCGGAGUGAACUCGGAAGACGAAGACAACGACGACAACGACGGCGGUCUGCAAAUCACACGCCAGGAGCUGGAGGCGUGCAUUCAGUCGCUGAUCGACCGCUCGAUCGAGAUCGUGCAGGCGUGCAUUGCGGACUGCGGCCUGGCCGUCGACGACAUCGACCGCGUCGUGCGGAUCGGCGGGUCCAGUCGGCUCAAGAUCGUCGAGCAGCGAUUGGAGGAGCUGUUUGGCGAGACGAAGCUCAGCGGCGCCGUGAAUCCGGACGAAGCAGUCGCGUGCGGAGCCUGCCAAAGUCUCGUGGAGCCUCUGCAGCUGAAGGAUCGCAUCGUGUAUAGUUUGGGCCAGCGACUGAAGGGCGGGCGCAUUCAGUGCUUGAUUCCUCGGCAAACACAGAUCAAGUUCACGAGCCAGGCGCUGGAGACGCAGCCUUCGGAGGACUACACGACCUAUGUGUGCUGUGCGAUCUAUCAGGGAAAUGCGGAGAAGGUGAGGGAUAUCGAGCCGCAGAGUGAGUGCGAUUUGAUCGAGGAAUAUCAACUUUCGGGAUAUGAUAAGACCGAGAGGACGAACGUGACCUUCCUUACUACCUACACGAUUGAUGAGUGGGGUAUUAUUAACGUGACGCAGAAGUACAAGGAGAAGAAUAAAAUUCUGUUGGAUACCAUGUUCCGUUGGAAAGAACCUGUUAAUUUUAUUCCUCCCCCUGAGGACUUGUAG